AUGCCUGCCAGAGAGGACAUCACAUAUUUCGGUGCCGGCCCGGCUCUACUUCCUACAGAAACACUGGAGAGGGCCGCCCAAGCAUUGGUUAACUUUAACGAGACUGGACUCGGACUUGCUGAACACUCGCAUCGCUCCGAGAUUGCCAACACCAUCAUCAACGAGGCCAAGGCUGAUUUGGCCACGUUCCUCGACAUCCCCGAUGACUAUGAGAUUCUCUUUAUGCAGGGAGGCGGCACGGGCGGGUUCGCCAGCACGGCGUACAACAUGGUAGGCACAUGGGUCGCCAACAAGCAAGCAGAGAUCUCCUCACAGCCCGGACAGAACAACUCCGAACAGACGCAGCUUUUGAACGACGCAGUUAAUAAUGAUCUCAAGUUAGACUACAUCGUCACCGGCAGCUGGUCAGCCAAGGCGGCGGCCGAAGCGGCGAGACUGUUUGGCCAAGACAAAGUCAAUAUCGUCGCUGAUGCCAAACUCAGCAACAACGGCAAGUUUGGCAUCAUUCCCGAUGAGAGCACCUGGAAGCUUUCCAAGAAUGCUGCUUUAGUUUACUACUGCGACAACGAAACAGUCGACGGAGUGGAAUUUGCCGGGUUCCCCAAGAUUCUGGCUCCCGGCCCUGACGGCAAAGGCCCCAUUGUCGUGGCUGACAUGUCCUCAAAUAUCCUCUCGCGAAAGGUUGACGUCAAGAACUUCUCCGUCAUCUUCUUCGGUGCCCAGAAGAACCUAGGAUCUACCGGCAUCACCGUCGUCAUCAUCAAGAAGAGCCUCAUUGCCCCCAUCACUAAACAACCCUCGGCGCAAACGAUGAGACAGCUGGGUCUCCCUAUUCCCCCCAUCAUCUUGCAAUACGACACCAUUGCUCAGAACAACAGCUUGUACAACACGCUCAGCAUCUUCGAUGUCUACAUCGCCGGCCAAGUCCUGAAGAGGGCUCUCGCCAACUUCCCAGACAAUGUCAGCGGCCAGGAGAAGCUCUCCAAGCAAAAGGCCCAGCUCAUCUACAACGCUCUGGACUCCCACCCCGACGCAUACCGCGUCGUGCCCGACAAGUCGGUGCGUUCCAGAAUGAACAUUUGCUUCAGGGUGACCAAGGGCGGCGACAUCGAUGCUGCUGAAAAGGACUUCUUGAAGCAAUCCACUGCUCUGGGCCUCACCGGCCUCAAGGGACAUCGUAGCGUGGGCGGAAUCCGCGCCUCAAACUACAACUCGAUUACUUUGGAGGGAGCGCAGAAACUAGCCCAGUUUCUUAUUGAUUUUGCAAAGACUUCUUGA